UGAACAUGGUCUCGUAUCGAAGUGAAGGACUGCUCUCUGCUUCCAUAUUUCACAGAAUUAGAAAAGACCAAGCUAUUUUCUGUGUCCUGCUUAUGUAACUGCAGAUGACGGCUGUGCAACCUCUGGCUGAGCCCAGGAAAAUCUUCUUGUCGGUGACUCAGGUGCUUGGCAAAUAGGCUGGCAUGGCGGGCUCAGAGAUAGAGGCGCUCCCUGGGUACCAGAGCCUGAUUCAAGGAGAGAGCAAUCUACCCUCUGCAGUUCCUACGAGCUUUUCUGCUGGAGGCCCUGAGAAAGCACACAUGAGGUGUUAUCCAAAAGCAAGGCUGUGUGAGCCCACUGAACCUAAUGAUGCUGAACUUUCAUGGAUGUAUGAACAUGAUGGGGAAGAAGAUGCCGGCAUCAGGAAGUCUCUUGAUGGCUUCUACAGAAUGUAUUGCAAAAAACGGCCAGACAAAACAGACCCCACCUAUGAGGCUGCAUCACUAUCUCUGUCACAGAAGAUUUCCGAGCUGGCAAACCGGGGUGGAACAAAAUAUGCGUCGCGUUGCCUGCAAAUGGCCCAGGUGGUCUUGAACAGAGAUGGGUGUAAGAUCUUUCCAAACUACCCCACUACUGCUUGUUUUUCAAAGCCAGCUGAAGGAGGAGUCCUGUUGGAAGACAGAAGGAGAACACCUGGACUCUCAGAUGACGUCCUGCGAUUCCUCUUGAAACAAACACAGACAGAGCGUAGCCCUGACGUAUCACAUGAGAAGUGAGCAAGACACUGGUUUGUUUCUGUCAUUGGAGCUUUGCUUUUACUCCAAAAAGAGGUGACUUUCUUGGAAAGACACUGUUCCUCUUAGCACCACCUUCAACACCACAUAUUUCAUGGAGAGGUCCAUUUCAGGAAAGCCUUGCCACCUUGGCCUCUGCAGGGCAGCACCGCAUAAGGAGCAUCUACGGUCGCUGUCUAAAUGUUUCGGAUGUGGUGACUAAUUGGGAUGGGUGGUGGGUGAUACGUUGUCCGUUGCUGGGACAUCAAAUGUGAUGAUUUAUACCCACCAGGCUUUUAAAUUGACCUACAUCCUUACCCCAGCUGAACAGUGGCCCAGCCCAAAUUCAACCCGGGUGUAGACAUGGAUGUCCCAGUGCUGUGACUGUAACAGACUGAUUGAACGAGCUUGGCAGGGUAUGACCCGCAUCCAGGGAGGAAAUUUAACAUUUUGUUUUGUACCUGACUGCUACUGCAAUGCCUGUGCCUCCACAGGGGUGCCUGAUAGCUCUGUGGGUGUUUACCAACAGACAUGUGAUCCCACAGAACAUAAUUGCAAUGCUGGUGACCUUUUUUGACACAAAAAGUGUGUGUGUGUAUGAGAGAGACAGAAAUACGGCUUCUGAGCAAGUUAUUUUUUUUAACAGGAGGGAUUAAAAAAGAGAGAAAAAAAAGA